UUGUGUAGUUUUGGGCCGAUUUGGGUAAUUCUAUGGACCGGCGUGGGGUGCUGGAGUGUAAGCGACGGGCGCCGUGUUUACUAACAAGCAGUGGGACGGCAUGGCUGCGACUCCUACACCUGGCAAUCUCUUUGAUGAGUUUGAAGAAGCUUUUCAGAAUUGCAUGGCACCUCUCACAAAGGAAGAUAGUUUUAAUGCUGUAAACCAAGAAGAACUGAGAACAAAUGCAGAAUCAAGUGGACAACGCUUCCUGGACUUAGCCAGACAAAUGGAAGCAUUUUUCUUGCAAAAACGCUAUUUGUUGUCAAUUCAGAAACCAGAGUUGAUUCUUUUUGAGGAUAUCGUAGAAAUGCGUACCGAGUUAGCUCGAAAAGAGGAACUUCUUAAAAAACAUGCAGACAAACUGAAUGAGUGGCAAGGCCUGCUAUCAUCAAUGCAGACUAGACUGGGAACAUCUCCUUCUAUAGGGCCCCGACCGCCAGGUCCCCCUGGCCCAACCAUGCACCCAGGCAUGAUGGGCACUCAGACAAGCUCUCACAAUGCUGUCCCAAUGCCAGGUCUGAGCCCUGUGGGUGGUGGUAUGGGGCAAUCCCCAAUGGGGCCUACAGGACCACCCAUGCAACACAAUAUGAACAACCCUGGAAUGGGAAUGCCUCAGUCAACCAUGAUGCAAAUGGGUGGUGGAGGAGGGAGCAUGGGCCCGGGUCCUGGCAUGGGGGGAAUGGGUGGCAUGAGUCAGGGUGGAUAUCAAGGGGGUCCAGGGGGUGCAAUGUACCCUGGCAGCAUGGGUCAACAACAUCAGGGGGGGCCACCAGGGGGCCUCCAGGGACCACUUGCUUAUCUUGAAAAGACUACAACUAAUAUAGGUAUGCCAGAGCCCAGACGCUAACUAACCUUUACUCUUAAGGAUAACGCAGUCAUUUCUGUAAUCAUAAUUUUAUUUUUACUUUUAAUCUAGCUGUUUUAUUUGUGCUUAUAGAAAAGUCCUACUUAUUUUACCAAGUAUAUUGUAUUUCAAUUUUCGUAUGUAUAACUAAUAUUAGCAACAUAAUAAAACUAAAAUAUUCUUAUUUGUAUACCAUUUAUAAAAUGAUAAAAAUGAUAUUUCAAUAAAACAAUUUCCUAUUC